GCAGGAAGUAGUUUUACUUUCACUUUCUCCAUCACAGAGAUGAAAUGGCGUCGGUUAAAGAUCCAUCAGACCGUAGAAGGAGGAGAAGGAAAAGUAUGACCCCAUCUCCCAUAAUGUCUGAACUGAGGAUAAUUCUGUUGGGGAAAAGUCUCUCACAGAGCAGCAGUGUGGGAAACUUCAUCCUGGGCAGAUCAGCGUUUGAGACAGAAGAUCCUCCGCGUUCAGUAGAGCUUCACUGUGAGAGUGUCAGAGGAAAUGUGGAGGGAAGAGACAUCACCAUCAUCAACACGCCUCAGCUGUAUGACCUAAAACUCUCUCAGGAGGAACUGAAUCAGAGAAUAAAAGAGUGUGUUUCACUUUCUGAACCUGGACCUCAUGCAUUUUUACUUGUGGUGCAGCCUCACGACUUUACACAUAAGGACAGAAACCUACUGAGAUACAUCCUGAAUUCCUUCAGUGAUCAAGCCAUAAACUACUCUGCUGUGAUAAACACAGACUGUGGGUUUUAUAAGUCAGCAGGUGAAGGAAGGAAAACUGCUAUUCACAAGUUAACCGAGGAAUGUCAUGGGAGGCUUCACAGUUUUCCACAGUUACAUGAAUGGAGCAAGGACUCAGUUUGUCAGCUGUUUGAGAAGAUUGACCAAAUGGUGAAGGAUAAUGGGGGAGAACAUCUUGUAUAUGAGAAUGUUGAAGAUGCAGAGCAGUCUUUUAAACCUGAUGAUGAGCUUGCUACAGAGAGACAGAAAAGAACUACAGUUUUUCCUAAAGACAAAAUCAAGACAAACCAAUCAAAUGCAACAGGACGUGUUAAAAGAACAGAAUUUUAUGAAUGUAAUUUAGAGAAAGAAGGCAUGGCAGAUCAAGCUCCAGGUGAUGAAACAGACACCCAGCCAGUGACCGAGCAGAUCUCACACACAGAAGAAAUUGGCAGUAAAGCGAGUCAAGAUCGUGAAAAGAUCCACAAUCCACAUGUGGACAAUGAAGAAGAUACUGAACAUUGCGACAAUAAAGAUUCCUGUAGACAAGACUGCACAGAUCAGACCGAUACCAGACUGGAAAACCAAAUACCACCAGGACAAUGUGAGGAUAAUGAAGACACGAAGAAAAACAACGUGUCAUUGCGAGGUGAAAUAAACAGUACUGUGACAUCCAGACAUUCCCAAGCUGAUGAGAAUGAAGAUGCUACUGGUCAGGAAGCCACACCCUCUCCAGAUGAUAUCAAGCUGCAUACGGAAAUAAAGAAUGAGGUCACUGGUGGUUGCCUAAAAACUCCAAGAGAAGCUCCUGAACACAAACAAGCUGAUGGGUGUUCAGAAAAUAUUAUUACAACCAUUGAAGCACCACAAGAAGAUGUUACUGAAGAAAUGACUGUAGGCGCAUCUGAUUUAUCAGUUUGUGAUGUUGAAUGCACGAGUGAUUCCUCCAGUUUCACUGUUGUGCUGUUUGGAAACACCUCUGCAGUCGACCUUGGAGAGGAAAAUAUACUACUUGGAGCAGAACAUGUUCCUCCAGAUCAGGCCCACAUCUCCAGAAAAAUAAAAGUGUCAGGACGUGCACUGUCAGUGGUCAACAUACUGGACUUGCAUGAGAGUGCUUUGUCCGUGGAUUCUGUGGACCACAUCCCUGGUCAGUUAGUUAAUGAAAGCAACAUCCAGUCCUUCAUCUUUGUCCUGAAACUGGGACAAUUUACAGAUGAUGAUAAAAUGGGACUUGAAUGGCUGGAAAGAAAAUUUGGAGAACAUGUUCUUUCCUUUGUGAUGAUUCUGUUCAUUUAUGAGAGAGAGGAGGAGUGUGGCACCAUCACAGAUGACCUGAAGAACAACACUGUUCUAGAGCAACUGAUGAAGAAGUGUGGAGGCAGAUACUGCACAUGCAGCAAGAGCAUGAAGAACCAAUCAGAAAUGAGAACACUGCUGGAGAAGAUUGAUGAUCUCUUGUCUGAGAACAAUCAGCGCUACUACACUGCUGAGAACUACAACACAGAAUUAAAGUUUAAAGAACACCAGCAAGACACGGGGAGGCAGAAAGACCAUAGCACUCACCUGCCACAAGAGAAGAAAGUUACACACAUCAUUGAAGAACUGGCAGAAAAAGGAAAGGAAAAGAUGACAGAAUCUGGAGAAGACACAUCAAAACAUGAAGAAAAGGAAAAGCUUGAAAUUACAAAACCAGAGCAACUGUUUAUUAGCCUUAAUCUUAAUGAAAAGCAAAAACAAAAAAUGAAAACUUUAGAAGUUCUUCAAAUAACUUCAUGUUCAUUACACUGGAAGGAGCCUUGUACAGAGAAAGACUUAGUGGAAACCUUUCUACAAAGGAUGCUAAUGAUGGACUACACAGCAAGGUACAUUACAACUAAGGAAGACUCCAACAAUUCAGAACACACUUACUUAAACACAGGAGAUGGAGAAGAUGAUGAUGAUGAUGACUUUGCUGAUUUUUUAUGGAAGGAGACAUGUUUGGAUAGUGAAAGCCAUAAAUAUCCUGUUCACCCCAUGGAUGUCCAGAUGGCAGUGUUUCACUGCUCUGAUCAUUUCCUAAAGCAGCUAAUAGUGAAUAAACUGGCUCAGUGUCAGUACGCUCUGCCUCUGCUGGUGCCCAAUCCCUUCACCAGAGAGAUCGAGUUUCCUCUGUGGACCUUUCGCCAAAUCAGAAAGAGUUGGAAGAUCACUGACUCCUCUAGUAAAGUUAUCAACAAAACCCAGGCGAUUUCUGAAGCUGAAACUCCAAUGGUGGCUUUCUUCAGGUUCGGCUCUGCAUCCUCAUCCAAGUCUCAGCUGAUGAACAGCUUGAUCAAUGAGAAACAUCACAUGUUCUUCCACAGACACUGUCCCAACAGCAGCAGAAACCGGUUUCUGCUGGAUGGAGUGGUGGAGAUUGCUUGGUACUGCCCAUCUGGGAAGGAAACGGAUUAUUUCCCUGACUGUGUUGCAUUCUGUAAUCUCCAUGGUGAUGCAGGAACUAAUAAAGAGCAACUGGAUAUCCUGACUGAAAUGUCCUCAGUGAAUGUUGUACUUUUUUCUGAUCCUAAAAACGCAACAUAUAAGGAGAUACUACAGAAGCUCUACAGAGACACAAAACCACUGAUUUGUCUACUUCCAGAAGAUGAAUCAGGUGUCGCUGUAUCUAGGAAUGGAAAAUACAGAAUCAGCCUUAAAGACAGAAAUCAGUCAGAUGUAGCCAAGAACCUCAGAACGACUAUCAAAGAAUGUUUUUCAAAGUCACCUUCAGUUUUCAAAAUUGAAGAUUUGUACAAAACUGAAGUGAUUACAAAAGAUGAAGAUGACCCUGAAUGCAAGAGAGGGAAAGAAGCUGCAGUGAAGAUCAUGAGCCAGUUGGAGGGAAAUGAAGUGUCCAAAUUAAAGGAAAAACAUCUGCCCUGUCAGGGGAAGUUAUGGCAUGACUGGUGUGAGAUGAACAAAGACCUGCAUCGACUUCAAGGGAACAACAUAGAAAUACAAAAGAGUAGAAAACAAAGAGAAAUGAAGCAAAUCCGUGAGGAGCAGCAUAAAUACAGACUCUCUGGUCUUAUGGAACAAUUCAUUUCCUCACUGGAUCGUCCAAGAGAAAAUGAAAAAUUAUUCUUUUUAAAAUGGGUUGGGAUUCUCCUGGACAAACGCACCUCAGAUUAUCUUUCCGCUCUUCAUCUCAAAUACAAUGAAAAGUGGACAGCAGUUUUAGACCUUAAGAAGAAUCAUGAUAAAUCAGAUAAAAUGAAGCUGGAGCAAAAAGAACUUGAGGAGCUUUCAGAACAACUGAAUGCAGCAACCUUUGGUUUGGAACACAUCUUCAGAGAGAUGGGUCAGAUAUACGAGUCUUUUAUUUCUGUACAAACACACAAGAAACGAUCUGAAGAAAAAACCUUGAUCUUUCUCCCCAAGCUUGCAGCAGAACUCAUGAAAUCUGGCCAUCCACUGGAGCUGAUGGAUGGUGAUGCUGCUCAUGUUCCUGUGAUCUGGGUUUCAGCAGUUCUAGAUGAACUUGUGAAGAUACUGGGAGACCAGAGAGUGUUUGUGCUGUCAGUUCUGGGGAUUCAGAGCUCUGGGAAAUCCACCAUGCUGAAUGCCAUGUUUGGACUCCAGUUUGCUGUCAGUGCUGGAAGGUGCACCAGAGGAGCCUUCAUGCAGCUGGUCAGAGUGUCGGAGGAGAUGAAAGAAGAGCUGAAGUUUGACUACAUUCUUAUUGUAGAUACCGAAGGGCUUCGAGCACUUGAGCUCACAGGAAAAUCCACUCAACAUCAUGACAAUGAACUCGCCACAUUUGUUGUUGGUCUUGGAAACUUGACUUUGAUCAACAUCUUUGGAGAGAACCCUGCUGAGAUGCAGGACAUCCUUCAGAUUGUUGUUCAAGCCUUCCUGAGGAUGAAGAAGGUCAGACUGAAUCCCAGCUGCAUCUUUGUGCAUCAGAAUGUCAGUGACAUCACAGCUAGUGAGAAAAACAUGGAGGGAAGGAGACGUUUACAGGAAAAACUGGAUGAAAUGACAAAAUUGGCUGCAAAAGAAGAAGAAAGUGAAGCUGAGUGUUUCAGUGAUGUCAUUGAAUUCAAUGUCCAAGAUGAUGUGCAUUAUUUUGCGCAGCUCUGGGAGGGCAGCCCACCAAUGGCACCACCAAACCCAAGCUACAGCAGAAACAUUCAGAAUCUAAAGAACGCCAUUUUCAAAAAAGCUGGCGAGUCUCCUGGUAUGACUCUCUCCCAGUUUAAAUCACGCAUCAGUGAUCUUUGGAAUGCAUUACUCCACGAGAACUUUGUGUUUAGCUUCAAAAACACACUGGAGAUAGCAGUGUACAGAAAACUGGAGAAUGAGUUUGGAAAAUGGACCUGGACCCUCAGAAGUGCCAUGUUAGACAUUGAAGAAAAACUUUACAAUAGAAUUGAAAAUGAAAAACUGGAAAGAAUUGAAGAAAAAGAUCUUUAUUCUUCCAUGAAAAAGACCAAAGAGGAAGUGGACAAAUCAAUGAAGAGUUUCUUUGAAGAGGACAAAGACAAAGAGAUUUUAAUUCAGUGGAGAGUGAGAUGUGAAAACAAAAUCACACAGCUUCAUGAAGACCUUGUCAAAGACACAAAACAAAAUGUGAAUGAAGUUUUACAACAGCAAAAAGCACGGGAGACUUUUGAACAUAAAAGGACACAGAAUGAUGAAAAACUGUUCAAUCUGAGCAAAGACCUCGCUCUGAAACUCAAAAGCACAACAACUAAUGAAGAAGUUCUUAAAGAUGAAUUUGAUAAAUUAUGGGAUAAAUGGGUCACUGAACUGACAAAACACACACCUCCAGAGAGAACUUUUGAUUUAUGGGAGGAUGCUGUACAGAUUCUGUCUGAAGGUAAUGAAGAAGCUUCUGUGUGGAGGCGGAAAUAUCAGCAAGACUACAAACAAAUAGACAGACUGGGAGAUUAUUCACCGUACAUUUCAAAACUCAUAAGACAGAAUGUUCUUCAUUAUGUUCCUGGCAUGAAUAAACCUUCUUUUGAAGACAAUGAUUUAGUAAGGACUCUGACUAUAAAUGUGAUCCAAGAAACCAAGGGAUUAAUUAAAGAGACAUGUAACAAAAUCGCCAGACUUGGGUACAAAGACAGCUACAUACAGGAAAUAACAGACCAUGUCAGGAAGAGAGUUGAGCAACAUCACAGAGAAAACCAGAGAAUUAAGCUCAGAAAGGAAUUCACUCUGGAUCUCAGUCUUCAUGUGUGUGAACUUGCAAGUCACAGAUUUACUGAGUGCCAUAAACAAUUCAGGGUUGCAAAUGAUCCAAGAGUUUAUCUGUCCAAGCAGAAACCACAAUAUUACAGUGUCUUUACAAACUACUGCAGAGGAGCAACAACAACAAAAGUGUUUGGUGAACUGAUCUGCAGUAACCUGAGAGAAUCCAUCCUGCAAGCAGUUUACAAUAAAACUGCUACUGAUUUGGCAUCACAGAUCAGAUCAGACAUGCCAGAGUUUAACGGUAACAGAUCAAACCUUGAGAAACACGUCCUGAAAUGUCUGGCAGAGGAGGAGAACUUUGAGAGGUACAAAGAGUACAUUCAUAAUCCCCGAAAGCACUUCGAACACUUCAUUACAGAGAAGGUGAAUAAGUACAUUACUGAAAAUGACACCACAGUUCUGAACCUUUUUAAAGGAAAUCUAAAAGACAAAAUACAGAGAGUAAGAAAUGCUGUUCACACUGCAACUGAAGAGGUGAAGAACAGCCGCGGUGAUGCAGACAUGUGGCUGAGAAGUUUUACCAGUUCACUAAAAGAUGAACUGAGCUUAAAAGAAAUAACCUUCACUGAUCACAAAGAAAUUACAGACUUUGAUUUUCUACAGCAGCGUGUUAGUGAAGGUCUCACUGAAAUGAUGUCAGAGCUAUACAAAAGCUUUAACAGUGUAAAAGACAUCAAAAUGGAGAAGUUCAGGAAGAAGCCAGAUGAGAUCCUGAUUGAACACCUCUGUCGAUGCUGCUGGGUUCAGUGUCCAUUCUGUAAAGCCAUCUGCACCAACACAAUGGAGGAUCAUGAUGGAGAUCACAGCGUCCCUUUCCACAGGGUAGAUGGUAUCAAUGGGACGUAUUACAGAGAUACAACAAAUCUCGAUGCUGAUUUCUGCACAACACUUGUGCAAAGUUGUAAAGCUUUCUACCCCAGACAUGAUACAGAUGUGUCUGUACCUUUCAAAUCAUACAGAACAGCAGGAGGAGUUUAUGCUACCUGGAGCAUCACCCCUGAUAAUUCACAGCUCGCAUACUGGAAAUGGUUUGUGUGCAAAUUCCAGAAAGAUCUGGAAAAGCACUAUGAGAAAACAUUUCAGGGUGAAGGUGAGAUCCCCAGGGAAUGGAGAGACUUUACUAAAGAACAAGCUGUUGAGAGUUUGGAUAAAUAUAUCUGAUGAAAGACACGACUCUUCUGAACAGAACCCAGCAGGAACAGCAACUUAAGUCAUAAACAGAGAAGCUUUGCCUGUAUUAGUGACAACAGAAAAGAAAAAAAAAAAAAUUAGGAAACAUUUAUUAGAUUUAGAGUAAUCACUAUAUAUACACACUGUUUUACCUUUUCUCUUUCUUUUUUCUUCUUCAUAACAACAUUUAAAAAUUAAUCAUGUUAUAUCAGUGAAAAUAUUAAUCACAGAAUGUGCUUGAUUAUAAAAUGUUUUUUUUUAAAAUAAGAUGUUCUUGUUUGAAUGUCAAUGUUGCAAUAAUAA